AGAUGUUGAGGUUGGACAAGCAAGGUGGACAACCAUUUGAGAUCACCGAGGCAGAGUCACCAGCUUCUUCCUCUGGAAGGAGCUACUGCUUCCCUCUUCUGUUCCUGAGCUUAGCACUCGUAGCUGCUGCAGUUUUGAUCAUUAUAUUUGUCCUCAAGCCAAAGAAGCCAAGCUUCCAACUCCAUGCAAUUCAACUUGAUUCUUCUGAUGCAGCUUUCAGCAAGGGAGCCAAUCAGUCUUCGGCCAUUGCUUCGUUACUUGUGGUUGCUCACAACCCCAAUAAGCUUGGCAUCAGAUACAGCUCCACUGAGCUCGGCCUGGUUUAUGACAGCAGCAACAUGGGGUUGAUCACGGUUCCUGGUUUCUUUCAACCACCUCACAGCACGAAUGUCACAAUCUUAGUUCAUGUUUUCUUCAAGACGAUAAACCUUGGAGAAUUGCUUACUGAAAAAUCCAUGCAAGGCUCAUCGAUCGGCGAUCUGGAGAUGAGAAUAUUCGGAGGAAUUCAGGCUCAGCUUCAUGCCUUCAACUUCCGAUUUCCAAGGAUUAAGGUUUUCCUUGAUUGCAGGAUCAGUGCAAAGCUCAGUGCCAUGGAACUGAGCAGAGUGCUAAGUACAGCUGACACACACAGGGCUUUUCUACUUCCCAACUUUCUUCACCUCACACAAAAGUGUUCAUUGGAUCUCUGCGUAUGAACUAACAGCCCCUCCUCAAGUUCCAAGCAAGCAUAUUUUGGAUUCCUUCAAAUCUUUAUUCUUACUCCCUAUUUUGGAGUGUAUACUUGCACAUCAGCACCCUGAGGAACACAACUGACAUGUUAGCUCAGAACAGCAACAAGCAAUGCUGAGAUACAAUAAUUAUACUGUACAACUAACAUACAAGCAAUAACAAUCAGACUUACUAGCAUCUGGAUAUUUUGGUUAGAUGUCAUGCUGACAUGAUAUAUCCAUUUGGUACGUCAGCAUUUUCAGCUGAUAAUUGUCACAUCAACAGCGAUAGAAGGCAGUGAAGUGUCUCAGUUGUGAUUUUUAUGGUUGAAGCCUUUGAUUUGUGUUUCUUUGAUCUUCCAAAGCAGUCAUCAGUUGUUCCAUUCAAUCUGAGGUCCCAGAAUCCAUGCCUUCCGGACCACAAUGUGUAAGCACAACAGGGCAAUGCAUAAUUUUGCCUAUAGAAUGAUCUCUUCAACAUUCUUUUGUACAUGGAACUUGAUAUGAUCCAAGUUUUCAUUUGCUAGCAAUCAUGUAUGCA